AUGAAUCUUUAUUGGAAAUACAUGGAGUCUGCUCCGUCUUUUCUUUACGCCUUGUUAUGCUUCUCUGCUAUCCUGGUUUGGACUCUGUUUGCUAUCCUCGCGCUGCCAUUUUGGUUCUUGUUCAGAAUUCUGAAAUGGUUCCAAGGGGUUUGUAUUACUUACUGGGGACUGGGGAAAUUAUUGGCUUGUCAUGAUGUACCCUUUCUUCACGAGACCGAGUACAACCGUAAUUUUAUCAAUGGCCUGUUUGUCGUUGAUGGGACGAUUGAUAUGGAAGAGUUCCGUCAACUGAUUAUGUCCCGUGUAGUACAAAAUGUCGAGGAACCUAGCUACGUACGCAUGCGCAAACGUAUAGUUCAACGUUACUGGCGUUACAUUUGGCAAGACGAGCCGGAUUUUGACAUCAAAAAGCACAUUAGGCGAUUAGAAGGUGGUGGCCCGCGUAGCGAAGAAGAUUUGCAGAAAAUGCUUGGUGAAAAUUUUUCAUCACCGAUGCGUGAAGAUAUUUCUCCCUGGGAAAUCCUAGUGACGCCUCUAGACCUCCCAGGAAAAGAUCAGACUGCAAUUUGUAUAAGAAUCCAUCAUGCAAUAGGAGACGGUUUUGCUAUGAUCGGUCUGUUCGCCAGGCUCAUGGACAAAAAGCCAGAGCUGCUGCGGGUCAAGAAACCCGUGGCCACUCCAUGCGACAAACAAAAACAGGUAAAACAGGUUUUACCCUGAGAUAGAGAAAUUUAGUCAAGCUUACGAGCAGGCCCUCAAAAUUAACUCUUCGGCACGAGUGUUUCUUCGCCUGCGGGAAAGUAUGAAGCCUUGAACAACGCGAGUCGGCGAGAGGUCCUGCAAGGAGUCUGGCGCUAUUAGCAUCAUCAGUGCCAGACCCCACAAAUCUCUCCUCGACACGUCUCAAAUCUUCCCGGAGGCGGUGAAACGCGCGUCGUGCUGUGUUAAAAAUGAGGGCCUGCUUGUAGGCUUUACACGAUCUAGGUGACGGUGUCUUCUCCUGGCAAAAGGCCCUACAUAGAGAUCCACCAGUUUUUUGGAGCUCUUUUCGUCUGUCGUUAAACCAGCAAAGUUUUACAUACUUGCCAAUUCAAAUAAAAGCAAAUAUCUAGAGAAACCACUAAUUUAGCACUAUCGCUCUGACGAAGGGCUAACGCUCGAAACGUCAGCUUUUUUACCCUUUACGGUGGCUAAUUUACGUUUUCAACCCAGUUGUUAACACUAAAUUACCUGCACUAAUUUAGGACUCGAAUUGAAAACAAAAACUGAACACAUAGCGAAGUAAAGCAAAAUUAAAGCAAUCUGGGAUUACUCUCGACAAUCAAUUUAACCCUUUACAUCCUAACAUCAGUAUUCAUAUUCUCCAUACUGUUCUCUAUACAUUUACUAAAGUGCUGACAAGGAGAAUUUGUUUAACAAUCAAGAGCUUCUUUAGUUGGUGAUCAUUUCCUUUAUUCUCAUGAUCUGAAAUGAAUGAUUAGGCACUAUUAUUGUAAGGAGAAACUAGAUGCUGGUCAUUCUUAAGGAUUAAGGGGUUUAGAUAGCUCUAAUGUUUGUGAAAGGGGGGCAAGGUACAAAACAUUAUUGCCAUCAUACUUUGCUUUUGAUACGUGUUGAAAUCUAUCCUGUUCUUCGCCUUUUUAUUUUGUAGGUAUGGAAAGCAAUUCUAACAGGUCCGUUAGCUCUUCUGAGUGUAGCACUCUCCACAGCUGACAAUCCCUUCCCAGCUACGAAGAUGUCGGGUGAGAAGUGUUUCAGCUGGACAAAGACUAUUGACUUGGAGCUGGUGAAGGAGAUCAAGGCACGAACAGGUGGUAACACAUACACAAUUCAAUAUAUUUCAUUUCUGACAUUGAGGUGAUCGGCUUUGCCGGAUGACAUUUGAAGCUUGCAGAACAGGGUUAUAUUUUGGCGUUUUUCGUGCUAGCAGAGGAAAGCGCGAUGCUAUAGCGAGAAAAACGCAAAGGGUUGGUCAGCGCGAGAGAGAGGCUCUUCCCCCACGUGCGUUUCUCGCUUGAUGUAGUACGACACGUGAUGUAGCUUUAAAUUUUUUUUGUCUAAAUUAAGAUGAUGUUUAUCGGUAUAUCCAUCACGCAUGACUCCCUCUUCGCGCUCACCUCGCGUUCGAAUGGACACGCGAAUAAGCACACUAAUAAUCCACAUCGCAAUACUCCGUAAUAGCAUACCAGUUUUAUUUCCAUUGCCUUAGCUUGCUCUAUGCUCUCGAUCAGAAGGGACGGGUUUAGUAGCCAAGAAAUACCGGUCGCAGAAAUAUAAGGAUAUUUAUCAAAAUUGAGUUAAACCGUUGUUCAUCAAAUCUGCGUUCUAAUCCAUUUUCAACUCCGCUCAACACUUUUUUUCUAAACCGUUGUCAAGAAUCUCAUGGCUAACGCUGGGGAAAAGUUAAUUUACACCAAAAACCCACUGUCGCCCAAUAUCUAAUUUCUUCUUACAAUAUUACUCCUGAACCACACAUUAAGGUAAUGAGAGUAAAGGAAAUGAUCACCAACUAAUAAAGCUCUUGAUUGUUCAGCAAACUCUCCUUGUCAGCACGGUAGGAAAUGUAAUGAGAACAGUAGGGAGAAUGUGCAUACUGAUGUAAGGGUGUAAAAAGGUUAAGAGAGUGGAACGAGUUUCUGGAUCAAUCACAGAGAAAUGAGUAGCAAACCCAAUACAAUCGCGGAUUAUUUUCGACCUUCAAAUUGAAAAAUUCUCUGAUCAUAUUACUUCGCGUUUCUACCCAGGAACGACCGUCAAUGAUGUUCUUUCAACCUGUUUGGCGGGUUCGUUGCGUCGCUACCUCAAAUCGCAGGGUUCAAAACACCCAGAUGACAUCCAGAUCGCCAUCACCAUCAACACGCGCUCCCCUAAGGUCCUGUCGCGUGACAACAUACCGCUCGAGAAUCACUCGACUGGCUUGUUCUACAACCUUCCCGUGGGACUGGCUGACCCAUUCAAGCGUUUGCUUGAAACUAAACGGAGAAUGGACAACUUGAAAUCUUCGUCAGACUGGCGUAUCUUCGGGCUCAUCUACUCUCACAUCAUUGGGAGAUUGCCCGAUUUCAUUGGCCGUUUUUCGUCGUUUUCGCUGAAGCGUCACUGCUCAUUGAUUCUGAGCAAUGUGCCCGGCCCCCUGACGCCAUUUGAAAUUGGCGGGAAGGAAGUGAAGACCGCCAUAGCUUGGCCCCCAUUGGUCAGUGAUACUGGCAUGUCCAUUGCAGUGUUCAGUUAUGCAGGUACACUGCGCAUGGGCGUAUUGUCCGAUAAAGCUGUCCUUGCUGAUCCCGGUAAACUAGCGGAAAAUUUCAUCGAGGAAUUUGAAGAGAUGUACGAGUACGUGAUGAAGAGCCCAGUUUUGGAUACACAGACCUCUGCCAGUAAGAAGUAUUUUUAAUGAUUAUCACGGGGG